CACAUUGAGUUCUCUCUAAGACACUUGGGCUGUAGAGCACCCUUGAAUUCCGGUCUUCUUGACUUCCACCAUCAGGAAUCUUUCUUUUCUUACUCUCAAUCCUAACUCAUAUCUAAAAUGGCACCCAAGAAGGACGUCAAGAAGGCCGAGCCCGCCAAGCCAGCACCGGCACCGGCAGCGGCACCGGCAGCGGCACCGGAACCCGCAAAGCCCGUGGCUCUCGAUCUGUCCAGCGUUAAGAUCGACUUCUCAGCAGAUCAGCAGGAAGACUUCAAGGAGGCUUUCCUCCUGUUCGACAGGACCGGUGAAAGCAAAAUCACUUACGGGCAGGUGGCUGAUGUGAUGCGUGCUCUGGGGCAGAACCCCACCAACAAGGACGUGAAUAAGAUCCUGGGGAACCCCAGCGCCGACGACAUGAGCAACAAGAAAAUUGAGUUUGAACAGUUCCUGCCCAUGCUGCAGACUGUGGCCAACAGCACUGACAAGGGUGGCUAUGAGGACUUCGUUGAGGGUCUGCGUGUCUUUGACAAGGAGGGCAACGGCACUGUGAUGGGCGCUGAGCUGCGCAUUGUCCUCUGCACACUGGGUGAGAAGAUGACAGAGAAUGAAGUUGAGAGUCUUAUGCAGGGACAGGAAGAUGAGAACGGCUGCAUCAACUACGAGGCUUUCGUCAAGCACAUCAUGUCUGUGUAAGAAAGAUAUGAAAUGAUUUGGUGCGAAUGCUGAAGACUCGCUGGUGGCAGGACAUCCACUUCACCAAACCUGUUCCUUUUUCGACCAACAUAAACCAGAAAGGACUGUGCGACGUGCUUCUAAUUUCUUGUUUUAUUUGAUUUCAUUUUUUUUGUUUUGUACCCCUUACCCAACAAAGGCCUUCCCCCUUCCAAACAGUACCACAUUCACUCAGGCAACAAGUCAUGGGGAGUUUUCAUUCCCAUACUCCAGCACUGAGGUCUGCCUGUGAAUGCACUGCUUCCCUGUCCUCUGAAUCUUAAUUUAUUUUCUCUGGAAUGUAAUUUCACAAAAUAAACUUUGAAAAAAAAAAGGA